AUGUCUUGCAACAAUGAGGGCACGUUGUCGUCUCUGUUAUCGGUAGUACAGGACUUCGCCGCGAAUAACUCCAUCAACCUCAUAAUUCCGUCUGACGGCGACUGGGACUCCACGGCACUCUGCCUCAUAAUCAACCCUACGAACAAGCCACUUGCUAUCGUCCGGCCCAAGACACCCGAUGAUAUCUCGGCCAUCAUCAAGUUCUGCACAUCACGUUCCGUACCGUUUGUAGUCCGCAACGGGGGCCACGACUCGGCCGGUCGCUCUCAGGUCAACGGCGCCCUGACAAUUGACCUACGUGAUAUGAACAAUGUUGCCGUCGCAGCUGAUCGGAAGACCGCUAGAGUCAGCGGCGGCGCAUCCUUAGGAGAUGUGGCAGAUGUGCUGGCUGCCGAAGCACUCGUCACGCCCACAGGGGCAAAUUCGACUGUACUCUCGGGGAUGAUCGUCUAUGAUACUUCAGACUUUCAGGCAACUCUCGAUAAUUGGUUCAAGGGCUAUGAGCGUCUAGCAGCUGGAGAGGGUAUACCAUCCUCACUCGGAAUUCAACUUUUGAUCGUACAAAUACCAGACCUAGGACGAGUGGUGUUGAGCCUUGUAAUGUGGUCUGACAAGGAUCAGGUGAAGGGGCAGCAGUGGAUUGACAAGAUCGCGACCCUGGGGACAAACAUACUACGGACGGUGGAACCCAGCAAAAUAAGGGACUUCAUGCGCGCAAACGACAACUCGUAUCCGUACGGCGCUUACGGGCACAACAACACCAUCUCAGUACGUGGUUUCACACCCAAAGUGAAAGCAAUGAUCGCGAAGUACACGGACAAAUUUCCAACCUUCGGCAACGGAUUCUGCACACACUUGCUCAGCGGGCCAUCUGCACAGCCCAACCCACACUCCGUCUUUGGUUCGAGGGUGGAGCAUGUUGUAUUUGAGCUGUUUAUGGCCAUAGCGGACUCGGACGAGACGAAGGUGGCAGAGAGUAUUGCCUGGGGCAAGGCUUUCAAGAGAGAACUGCUCGAAAAAGCCCCAGAAGAUGUGAUUGAUGCGGCGUUUGCGGCUCUUCUGACUACAGAGGAUACCGACCUGCGCAAAAUCUAUGGGGAGAACUACGACUUUCUGAUUGCGCUGAAGAAGAAGCAUGACCCGCAAAAUGUCUUCAGGAAUACCAUUCCUAGGCUGCUAUAG